AUGGCAUCCGAAGUGCUAUCCGCUGGGCCAGAGAUGAUGGGAAACAUCACCAUUACAUCAGAUUCAAAGAAUAUUGAAUUUUACUUGGAUAAAAUGAUCUAUCAAAGUACCGUGCGUGGCUCGAAAUUAGAUAUAUGCGCUGAAAAUGGUUCUAUCAAUGGCUUAUACAAAGUAGCCCAAUCGUUUCCUGAACCUUACCCAUUUUUCUGCACGAUUAAGUGUUUAUCAUUACCGAAUAAGAAAGAGCUUCAUUUGCAUGAUGUAUUUAUAACUCUUGCUGCAAGUACGACCUCAUCAUGCAGUAGUAGUAAAGAGGCAGUAAGUAAGCCGAAAAUUGAUAUGCAGCAAGUGCAGGGUAUCAUUAAUUCAAUUGGUGGACCUAAGGCUGAUAAAGUUGGUCAGUUGCUAUCAACUGUACAAGGCAAUCAAAAGGCAUUAAAUGUAAUUAUAUCAUUUAUUGCGAAGAAUUCUGGAACUUCCAACCUUGCGCAGCUCUUUCUCUCUCAAUUACCACUUUUACGCCAAGAAAUUGCCAAGCCUACCACAAGCACUAUAGAACAUCAGACUGGUAAGAAUGAUGUUGACUUAGCAAAAAAUGAUACUAAACCAACAGUGGACGGCAAAGAAAAUUCAUUACUACCGAUGGAUAAAACUGUAGGGUCAGACGCUAAUAAAGAAAAAGCUGAUUUAUCACUAAUUAGAGAAUAUGUUGAUAAUGCUAUUGAACGGACCUCAGAAAAUAUUAUCAAAGAAAUAAAUGAUAAGAUAGAAUCGAAUAAUAAAGCUAUAGUAAGUAGACUUGAUCAAAUCACCAAGCAGUUGGAGUUAAUCACGAGUGGCAAGAAUGUAACUGAAAAUUUGGAAGAAAAUGGGAAAUGA